AGCGGAGUAUAGACGUGAAAAUUUCAAGUGGUGCAUUAAUUCGUUUGAAAUCGAAAAUUUACAGCCAGAAUCUGGCUUAAAAAGUGACGUGAUGGCGAGGAACCCAUCCGGGCCACUAUUGGAUGGCCCAUUUGUUACUACCGUUCGGUUACGUUGAGAAAAUCGAUGGUGAAAAAUCGGGGAGUGUAAUAGAUUUUCUGCAAGGCUGAAAUUUUCAUCCCUUGUGAAUCGUAGCGUAAAAAUUGUAUCACCAGGCCACCUCUGUCAAAUAGAGAUCAGGAUGAGAAGAAAAAAAUACUGAUAUAAAUCGAUUCGUUGUGGAACUGAGUUUUGUGCGAUUUCAUUCCCAGAUCAAACCAGCAACCUUUCAGUUCGCGCUGAAAAUUUGCAAGCAGAGCAUAUCAAGCGAGAAAAAGUGAACGACCGUGGGCUAAUAAAAGCUUUCCUAGUGACACAGGCCAAGUGUGAUAAUUUCUUCAAAAGUACAUGAAGAAUGGAGAAAGGCUCUGAUUGGCAAAUGAUGGAAACUUAGGCGGAAGUCAUAUGCCACAAGGAAACAGCACAUAUUAUUCGUUAAGCUGCCCUCGUACCAAUCCUUCGUUCCACUCCAUCUCCGAGAACAUUCCAUAACACCGAACCACCGAUCUUAGCAGUUCAAAAGACGAAAUCUACGAGCCAAACGAUUUGGAAUAAAAUGAAAUAGUAAUAUUUUGCGGGAGAUUGGGCUUCAUUCAAAUAAGUGUUAGAUUUGUGUGACGUAUGGAGCGAUAAAGAAAUUAUGCUGUAAGGAUGAACUUACAAUAACAGCCAAAACUUCCUACAUUCAGCUAUCAUCGCGGGGAAUAAACUUAUCUUGUAUAUUCAACGUUCAGUGCCAUGUAAUGUAUUCUAGGAGUAACGUUAGUAAAUGUUCUAUUCAUUGGUGAACCUUGCGAAUAACUAACAUUAGAUAUAUGCAAUUGGUUAUACUGCAAGUAUACGUAAGAAAGCUGAACGAAAAUAACUUCAACAUCGGUUACUGGGACUUAACUCGACCGCGGAUUAAUCGCGGCAUAUUAUGUCUCGUGAAGCCUACAGCUCAGGUCAAGCAAUAAAUACAGGCACUAGAAGUCCCGGUCGCCCAAGCAGACGUUUAACAGAACUACCAACCGUCGAUAGAUCACCUUCGAGAGACUACGGAGCCCGAGGAAGUCCUUUAGCAAUGGGGAGUCCCUACUACAGAGAUAUGGAUGAGCCGAUAAGCCCCGCCGGAGGAGGGCAUCACCGAAGCAGAAGCGCAACGCGAGCACCCACACAUUCGAUGGAAUAUCCAAGAGAACAACUACGGACACGGUACCAGUCGCUAGACCGGGGACUGGUCGAUCCGCACGAUCGUGAAUUUAUUCCCAUUCGAGAGCCACGAGAUCGCUCCCGGGAUCGUUCCCUAGAGCGAGGGCUCUACUUGGAGGAGGAGCUGUACGGCCGCCCUGCAAGACAAAGUCCGAGUCAUAUGAGUAUGCCCGACCGAGGCUAUCUCGGCGAUCUCCAAGUACAAAACAACGACUUACAGCGUGAGCUAGGAAAUCUGAAAAAAGAACUUGAACUUACGAAUCAAAAACUAGGUAGUUCAAUGCACAGUAUUAAAACAUUUUGGUCUCCGGAGCUGAAAAAGGAACGGGCGCUGCGCAAGGAGGAGAGCGCCAAAUACAGUCUUAUCAAUGAUCAGUUGAAGCUUUUGAACAGUGAAAAUCAGAAACAAGCAAUGCUGGUACGUCAGCUGGAGGAGGAGCUCCGUCUAAGAAUGCGAGCACCUAACAUUGAGAUGCAGCAACAAAUGGAAGCCUUAUAUGCAGAGAACGAGCAUCUUCAGCGUGAAAUUUCCAUUCUACGCGACACAAUCAAGGAACUCGAACUGAGGAUAGAAACGCAGAAACAAACUUUACAAGCCAGAGAUGAAAGCAUCAAAAAAUUACUGGAGAUGCUGCAAAGCAAAGGCAUGGGUAAAGAAGAGGAGCGCCAAAUGUUCCAACAAAUGCAAGCCAUGGCCCAGAAGCAGCUGGACGACUUCAGACUUGAGAUACAACGUCGCGACCAAGAGAUAAUGGCCAUGGCUGCCAAGAUGAAAACCCUCGAAGAACAACAUCAGGAUUAUCAACGUCAUAUCGCAGUAUUAAAAGAAUCACUUUGUGCUAAGGAAGAACAUUACAACAUGCUCCAAGCUGACUUGCUGGAACGUAAAAUGGUCGAAGAGUUACGGAAUCGGCUAGAGGAGAAAAACCGAAUGAUCGAGAAGAAGACCCAGAAUGCAAUGCAAUCAGUCCAGGAAAAAAAUCGGAUCCAAACCGAAUUCACCGAGCUGAAGGAGCAUAUGGAUAUCAAAGAUAGAAAAAUUAACGUUUUGCAGAGAAAGAUUGACAAUUUAGAAGAUUUGUUGAAGGAAAAGGAUAACCAAGUGGAUAUGGCCAGAGCCAGACUCACCGCGAUGCAAGCCCAUCACUGCAGUUCCGAAGGUGCACUUUCCAGCUUGGAGGAGGCAAUCGGUGAUAAGGAGAAACAGAUGCAACAACUUCGUGACCAACGAGAUAGAGCGGAAGCGGAGAAAAAGGAGGAACGUGAGCUGCAUGAACGUGAACUCGCAGAGUAUAAAAUGAAGCUUCACGCAUUUGAUAGUGAAGUUGAAAAGCUGAAUACGCGACUUAGUCGAGCGUUGAAUGAAAAAGACCGCCUGGAAGCGAAGCUUGAAUGCUCACAAAGUGAACUUGGGAAAUCAAAGGCCGAGCUCGACAAGGCAGCAACGGAUGUUGGUCGAAGUGGAGCUGAUUGGGAGAAAGCCAGACAAAAGAUUUCUCGUCUUGAGCACGAAAACGAUAGACUACGUGAGGAUCUUGAACGCUCCCAGGUAUGCAAAAAUACAACAUUCGGUAGGUCAACGUUGACUACUUCUCAAGAGCUAGAUCGAGCACAGGAACGGGCUGACAAAACAUCAGCGGAUCUACGAAGAACACAGGCUGAACUGAGAGUUACACAAGAACAGACAGUAGACAAUUUUUCCGAUGCCGAACGAGCAAGAGCUGAAGCCGCAGCUUUACAAGAAAAGUUAGAAAAAAGUCAAGGCGAGGUUUAUAGACUCAAAGCUAAACUUGAAAACGCACAAGGUGAACAGGAAAGCAUAAAACAGGAAAUGGAAAGAAGUCAAACUGGAAUACAGCGUAUUAUUAGUGAAAGGGAUAAGGCCUACGGUGAACUCGAUAAGAUUCGCGAAGAACUUGAACGAAGUCAGGCUACCCUCGGAAAAUCGCAACUGCAGCAGGAGAAAAUACAGAAUGCGUUGGAUAAGGCACAAAACGAAGUCGACCAUUUGCAAGAGAAAUUGGAUAAAAGUAUCGGAGAAGUUAGAAGACUUCAACUUGAAAAGGAAAAAAUUAAUUAUGAAUUCGAGAAUAUUCAAUCGCAGCUUGACAAACAGCUGGGUCAAUCGUCUCGAGUUCAGAAAGAAAAAGAAAGCAUCCAGAUGGAUUUGGAGCGGUAUCGAGAUAAGGCCGAUAAAUUGCAGACAACAAUGGGUCGUUUGCAGAAAGAACGCGAUACUCUCUGUGAUGAAUUGGAGAAACUUAAGGAAAAGGCAGAAUCCACUCAAAGUAGCGCCCUUAAGUAUCAACGGGAGCGUGACGCUAUCCAAACAGAAUUGGAAGUGGUCAAGGAACGUUGGGAGAAAGCCCAUCAGACUCACCAAAAACUUCAAAUGGAACGUGAUGAUGCUGUCACAGAGAUUGAUAUUCUGAAAGAGAAACUUGACAAAGCACUGUAUGCUAGUCAAAAGCUCAUCGAUGAGAAGGACACGUCGAACAAAGAAUUUGAGAAAAUGCUCGAGAAAUACGACCGUUCACAAAACGAAAUCUACAGAUUGCAGUCGAGAACAGAUGCGGCAGAAGCAGAUCGUAACAGACUCGAAGUUGAAGCGGAACGAUCAGCUUUGGCCGCCGCAAAAGCAAAGGAGGACCUCAGGAAACUGCAGGAGGAAACCACUCGGCUUCAAGAAGCCUGCGAUCGGGCAGCAAUGCAGCUAGGACGAUCCAAAGAACUGGAGGACAAAGCAAAGGAAGAUGUUGAUCUCAUUCGCGAACGUCUCGAUAAAGCACAAGCCGAUCUUCGACGAGCACAAGCAGAUAGAGAAAACAUGCAGGCAGAAAUCGAGAGGCUCACUUAUGAAAUUGACCGUGCACAUAAUAGUUACACCAAACAAACUGCGUCUCUUGAGGCAGCACAAGAAGAAGCAGCACGUUAUAGUAUAGAGAUCGAGAAAAUGAGAGAACGAUAUGAGAAAACAGCAGCCGAAAUGCGACGACUUCAAGAAAAUGAAGCAUUCUCUAGAGAAUCACGUCGUCUGAAAGAAGAAAACGAUCGCUUGCGAGAGAAAUAUGAAAAAAUUAUGAUUGAGUUUGAGAAUAUACGUAGUAAGUCACAAUAUGAAGAGGAAUCACUUGAAAAGUACAAACAGAAAUUCGAAUCACGAGAGAACGAAUAUCAAACUAUAGAACUCAAAUUACACGAAACCACGCUACAGUUGGACCUGGCUCGCCAAGAAGUUCAGAAACUCAUAUCCAAUCAAGAUAAACAACGUACAGAUGCUGAACGUGCGCACAUAGAGUACGAGAAGAUUCGUGACAAGUAUGAGAAACUCAUCAAAGAAGUUGAACGUUUGCGACAAAAUCCAGGAUCUGCCGUCAGCCCAGGAACACUCGCAAGCACAUCAGUUGGCAUGAGUGAUAAGGAACUCGAUAGGCUCCGAGAUAGAUUGGAAAAAGCAUUGCAGAGUCGAGAUGCUACUGAAUUAGAGGCAGGACGUCUUGCCAAAGAGCUCGAAAAAGCACAACUACAUUUAGCAAAACAACAAGAAGCAUAUGAAGCUACAAGGAUUGAAUUCGAACGCAUGUCAGCUGAACUCACUCGUGUCCUAGAGCGACUUGAGAAAUCAGAAGCUGAGAAGGAAACACUUCGGCAAUCUACCAAAAUCUAUGAAAAACAUCAUCAACAGCAUGCCAGUAAUCAUGUUGAACAUAAUGUUAUGAAGAUUGAAGCCGAUAACAAACAGUUGAUGGCAGAGCGAGACCAAUUAGUUAUGCAACUGGAAAAAAGUCAAGACAUGUUGAUGAGCUUCCAACAAGAACUGAAUGCUGCCGAACUAGAAUUGCAAAGACAAUGUGAGGAAAACAGACGACUUAAGAAUUCACCUCAAAGUGCACAUGCUCAAGCUCAAUCAAACUCACAAGAAAUACAAAACUACAAGAAAGAAAUUGCACGUCUGAAACAGAUGCUACAAGAAACAGGUGCCCGCGGAGAUAGCGAACUUGAACAGUGGCGCAAGGUAGUGGAACAGGAGAAGAAUCGGGCGGAUCAGGCGGAAAAGGCCGCUAUUGAACUGCAGAAGAGAAUGCAGGUUAUGGAACAACAGCUCAAGCAGCAGCUACUUCAAAUGACCAACAUGCAAAAGCAGAUGACUCAACAACAACCACAGCAACCACAGCAACCCCAACAACCGCAAAUAAAUCCAAAAGAAAUGGAAAAACUACAAGAAGAGCUUAAGACAGCCAGCAUUCAGCGGGAUCAAUUCCAGAAUCAACUUGAGCUGUUAGUGCAGGAGUUGGAGAAAAGCCAGUUGGAAGCCCAAGAUGCGGCGAAGAAAGCACAGCAGCAACAGCAACAGCUACAGCAAAUGCAGCAACAAAUUCAACAAUUGCAACAACAGUUACAACAAGCUACACAGACAGCCAAUCAAAAGGCAGCCCAAUCAGCAAGCAUUUCCGAGCAGGAUCGCAAACAGCUCGAAGAACAAAUGAAGCAAAUCGAAGAUGCCACUCGGUUGUUGGAGAGUGAGCGGAAAACGUUCGAAGAUCAACGGAGAGCCAUCGAGAACAAACGGAAAGAACUGGAAGAGAAGGAGAAGAACCUAGUAGAGUUCGACAAACAACUCAAAAAGAGGAAAGAGCAGAUGGAUCAGCUAGAAAAGUCACUACAGAAGGCUGGUGGAACUGCGGCCGCAGCUGGCGAAUUGAACAAACAGUUAACAGAAGCUCAACAACUAUUGGACCGAACAAGUAAGGACUUGGAGGAGGCCAAAGAAGAAGCGAAACGAUCGGCCGCCGAAACAGAAAGAUUACUUCAGUUGGUACAAAUGACCCAGGAGGAACAAAAUCAAAAAGAAAAGACCAUCAUGGAUCUUCAACAAGCUUUGAAAAAUGCUCAGGCGAAACUGAAGUCAGUACAAGCACAACCACAAGACGCUGGACCUGCCGGUUUCCUAAAAAGCUUCUUUUAAAUACUGCGGAGUACUAUCGCUAACUCUUUUGAAUUUUUCAAUUUUUCGAAGUGCAUGGGAAGAAUCAUGGAUAUUUUCGACAAGGGAACUUAGAUUUACAUGAUUAUCUUGAAUUCUUGGCAGUUUUACUAUGAUAUGCUUAAUUGCAGAAGAAUCAGCAGCAUUAACGGUUAUUUCCUCAUGGGCGAAUCGUAAUGGUAAGAUCAACAUCUUGUUCAUAAGCAAUAAAUCAAGCUGUAAGAUACCGAGAGAAAUUACAAAAAAUAAACUAAUACAAACAAUGCUGCCAUAUUGAUUAAACUAAGUAAAAAUAGAUAAACUACAGAAAAGUGAUAUUUAUCUAGUCAGUACCGCUGAAUACGGAUUACUUUGGACGGUGCAUGAGAAUUCGAGAUAGUCAUCGUAUUACUAUUAAAAUAGAAAAAUUGUAAGUGUUAUACACGCAGGUAAUAUUUUAUGGAUUCCAGCAUAUUGAUAACAGUUGUUUUGAAAUACAUAGUUUUGGAUUUUCCAAUACUUUCGCGAUCCAGCACGUCACUUGGAUUAAUCAAACUACCCUAGAGAGAAAGAUAGUUCAAUACUCUCAACUCGCCCUUUCCACUUCACCAAAUAAUUAGAUGUCUCUUGGAAAUUAAAAUCCAUCAGCAGUUAUUUACAAAUCUACAAAGCGACAUCUUUUAUCAGAAAUUCGAAGUUUCCAGCAAUCGUUCUCUAGAAUAGCGCAACGACCAUAUAAACUUACUCUGCAUCACUUUAUAUUCUUUCUUCAAAGAGCAUCGUUGCACCCAUCGCAACCAUACAGGAUAAACUCUCAUCCGGAUAAUGCCUCUUGGGAAAGAACAUAAGGCAGGAUCGCGAUCAUUUAUUUGCUUUAUGUUUUCUUCCUUUGUCAUUUCAACAAAUAUCUAUGGAUACCAAUCGUUCCACUAUAAUCUUUUCUAUCUAUUGAUGUUAUUAAAUGCUGAUUGCUUUCAAAUGAGUUGCUCACAUUCCUGAAACUAAUAGAGAAACACGAUAAUUUUGUUUACAUUCUCUACUUUUUUUCUAUUCUUAAAAAAAAUUAAAACAAACUGCAGCAAAAUUGUACUAUUUCUUAUGUAUACACAAAAAGCAAUAGUUCAUUCUUUUUUUUCUUAAUGGGCCACUGUUUGAUGGCUAACACAAACUCGCUCUCGGAUACACUCGCUCUCGGAUACACUCGCUUUUGAUGAACAUGGAUUGAUCGCAAAACAUCAAUGAAUUAUUCACAGUUAACCUCCAUGUUCACGAGAAUAACAAUAUGUGGAGUGUCAUAAAUUACGAAGCAGAUUUGGAAAAAGCAGAAGUAAUAUAGACAAUAAUUUAGCGAACAUUGUAAACCCGUCUUGUGGUAAUGGAAGCAUUGCGAACUCUAGCUGCUGUAAAUCGAAGUCAAAGGAUGUAAUUUUAGAAAUUAUAUAAUUUCUGUACCAACGGAGUUGAAUUCUACUUUGGUUUUCCCACAUGAAAUAGACGAGUUUGUUCUGAUUCUUUUUUAUUUUUUUAUUUUUUUGUAUGUGUAAAAAAAGAGAAAAAACAUUUAUUGACUUAUUUUAACGUAUUUCCAUUUUUUUUCGUAAUGUUGAAUUUACAGUGAGAUCAAAAAUGUUGCGACCGAAUUUGUACCGAAGAAGUGAAGGCCACUGUUUAGGCAUGUGUACAAAAAUCAGUUAAUCAUUUUAAGUAAUCAACCGAGCGGACACAGUGCGUGUAAUAUUCAUGUCUAUCGAACAAAAUACUAGUAAUAUUACCAACACAGUUCAAGUGGAACCACAAUUGUUAUAUAUCUUUAUUGAGAAUGCAAUAUUCAGAUGCACGAUGAAGUUGAACAGAAAUAUGGAACUUUAAGAAAGAGAGAUUCUUAUUAUCAUAUUGCACGUUGAAUACAUUAUUUUAUUUAGAAGAUGAUCACGUUGUUAUCGAUUUUCAAACAUUCCCCAUCAUUUAUUUACGCGGUGUUAAGUAUUACCAUACGAACAAAACUUUGUUUAGAUAUAAGCAGUGGUAGACGAAUAUUAAUAGAAACCAUGAAGAGAUGCACAAACGAAUACAAGAAUCUGAUAUGUUCAUGUUCGUCAACCAUUUUUACAAUAACACAUUCUCUUUAAUUACCCUACUGCAAAUUUAGCAAAACAAAAGUAUGUUAUAGCUGUAUUGUGUAGAAUGCGGCAGAAAACUAUUCAAACGAGCGAAUGAUAAUCUAGAUCGACCAAAAACGAGAAAAAAAUCUACGAUAUAUUUGAAAUCACUAAUAAUUAAUGACACUUGGGAAAUGGGUGCACUCCAAACCUCAAAUAAAUUUUCAAAUGUUCAUAUUUUCCGUUAUGAAGCAGUACAAUGCCAUGUAACAUUAGAAUGCUAUCCAAUCAGGUGUGAAAUAUACUGUCUAUUAAUUUAGCAUUCUGAAUUUGUUAUCUGAUGUAUACAAAGGUUUCUUUCGAAUUUCAUUUCAGUAUACCUUUCUGUAAAUUUAUAGCAAAUAGAAUAGCUUCAGUUCGCAAAAUUAAUUUCCAACUGGACUGGUCUGCAUAUUCAUAAAAAAAAGUAUAUGCAUUAUUUACAACAUAAACCGAGCCAUCCAUUGGAUCUUGAAAUGCUUUAAAAAUUAAAUAACAGCGGACAAAACAAAACGAUAAAACACUUCGAGACAAUAUGCUCCGGAAUAACUUCAUAUUUCUUUUAUUCUCCUCUUUCCCUUUUAGUUUUACUAUCUGAUAUCCCUAUACAAAUGCUUCAAUAAAAAAAUCCCGUUACCAGUAUUUUAAAAGUGCCUUAUAAUCUUUAGUAAAGCACGAAAUUUAACAUCAAUAUUAUUUGCAUACCUGAAUAUAUAGUUUUCUAAUUGCUCAACUUUGACCAGAAUGAAAAGGAUUGUUAUAAUUUUUCUUUCACUACUGAGGAUUAAAACGAGUUAAGAGCUUAUUUUAAUGGCAUAUUGUCAGAAUAAAUGUGUUCAAUAAUUGGUAUAACAAAUAUCAAUAAGAAAAUAACAACAAAAAAGUAACGCUUGAGCAACUAUCCUGCAUUCCACUGAUUUCGACAAUCGUGGUUGCUGGUAAUGUUUUGUUUUGCACUUUAUCGUCGAUUUCAACUAAACAUGUUUCCAAAUUCGCCGAAUGUACAAAUUCAUCAUUCAAAAAUAUCAACCCAUUACCAUCUUAUUAGUGAUAGGUACACCCACAUACAUAUGAAAGCGAAAUCAUAUUCAAACUUAAUCGUGUCAUUCAUGUUUUGUGUGUUCAAAUGAUUGUUAUUGUUGGUUACUUAACGGCUUGUAAACAUAAGCAAGGUUUGACGGCUUGUUUUAUCCAAAAUAUUAUCACUGCCAAAAAGUGAGGUUAUAGUUAAAACAGGUGUAUAUGGUGUGAUCCGCAUCGAUUUACUGAGAUCUCGCGUUGUCACUUGCCUACAUUAGACAGUGUCUGAUUGUCUCACCGAAACUGUUUCGACAGGAAGUAAUUUUCAUCCUCAUCGGUGUUUUCCAAAGAGGUUAGGAAGACUCUACCAGCCUUAUCAGACGUCGUGUGCGGCUUAUCACUCACUAAAACCAAAUCCUCUACUCCUGUGUAGCCUGCACCUUCCCCUGAACCACAUCGAGGCGACUACUUCGGAGGGCUAACUUCAACACUGAAUACCGUCGUUUAUACCCUUUUAUCACUCUACGUGUCUACGUUUUGAAUUCCAGAACACCAUUUCAUCCAUCAGUGAUGGACCAUCACACAAAUAUCCGUUUACCGUCGAGGCGUGUACCGAUUAGUAGUUGUCGUGGGAUUUUUCACGUUUCCCGUCAUAGCUACUCUCGUGGGGUUCCAUUGUGGAGGUUAUAAAGUGCCCUCCAACUUGAUGUAAUGAUCCACAUUCCAUAUUCCAUACUAGGCGUUGCAGGCGUUGAGAGCACGCUGGUCGAGCCUCCACUUUCGCUGUAGCUCAGACAUGAUUCGUUCGGAGCAUUCUAUUUCUUCCACAAUAUUCCCAACUUCUGUAGUAACCGUAACCAGAUAUAAACUGUGUUAGCAAGCCCGACAGUGUCGGUAUGAGCCUGUGCGUCCACGGACCGUUAUGUGCCGCACUCCACUCCUGCUGCCACCUAGUCAUCGACUCUGCUCUCAUGCGCUUCCAAAAUUCUCUGGUUUGCUUUCGCCUAUAGCAUUCGCCAUGAGCCGGUACGUUUUAUUUUCCCCUGUUGGGUGUGAACCGCUGCGUCCAUUAUUUUGAACUAUUCAGCUUUUUAACGCAGUGAUCCAGGGUAGACUAUCGUAUCGUAUUAUCGAUGAGGGAACACUGGCCAAAAGGUGCGUUUUGCCACUCAUUGGGCCAGAAUUGUUGGAAAUGUUUCUGGCAGUACAUUGAUUGUCUACGUUGCCUUGUCACAAACAUAGUCGAUGUGGUUGCUGGAGUUCAAUCAACCAUCAAUCAACACCCCCAGAUGUUUCAGUUUUCUCUUCGAAGCUAUCGAGUACUCUCAACUAGUAAUACCGCCUUGCGGUUACUAACCAUCAAAAUUUCCGUAUUGUGGUGAAUCUCCUUCCACCAGUAUAACAACGUCAUCCGCGAAAUCAAUAAUCUGCACGCUUCUAGGCAGAUGCAGCUUCAGUACACCGUUGUACAUGCCGUUCCAAAGCUUUGAGCCCAGGAUGGAGCCCUGUGAAAUACCUGCCGGAGUUGUAGCCUGCGUCCGAUCCGUUUUGGUCUUGUAGACCAGCAGCCGGUUCUCAAGGUGGCUCCUCGAGAUUAAGCACAAAUAGUCUGGAUCUCUGAUUUUGUGGAGCGCAAUAGCAAUGGCCUUCCAACUGGCAUUGUUGAACGCGAUUUAACGUCAAUGCAAUGUUACCAUGCUUUGUUACCGUACUAUAGCAUCUAAAUACCCAUUCGACUCCUUCGACCACUGUGCGAAUAGCAUCUAAUAAUGUCGAUGGGAAUGUGAUGAUGGGAAAUAAUGUCGAUGGGAAUGUGAAUACAGACAUACAGCUGUACUAGCGUUGUACUUCGAAAAUUGUAUGUCUGUCACCAUGUACAGCGCUGGAACCAUGCAAGCAACUCGGUACAAUCGCUGUACCUGUACCGACAUGUUUUACCGCUGUACAUGGCUACAGUUGUACUGUGCGCAGCGCCAUAGACGGUUAGUGGUGGGUAGCACAGCAUCAAAUCACUUGGUAAACGUUAUUUUCAUUGACUUUCUCUUAAGUUAAUAACUCAGAUUGGAAACUUGUUUGUUGUGUUUGAUAGUUUAGACACUAAAUAAAAACAUUUUUCAUUGAAAUAUGUGGUGGAAAUUGGAAAAAAUAUUUGAUUGUCAGUUUGAAAUACGGUACAAUGUACAACCAAAGUAUGUCUGUCAUGGUACGAUGGUACCUGUACAACGCUGUACACGUACAACGCAAAUACAGCUGUAUGUCUGUCCCUGGUAUAACGUAAAUGUUCCACAAACUGUUUUGCAAAUCGUAUACAGUGACCGCCACAAAAGAAAUCCCCCUCACAAUAAAGAUCAUAACAUAGUGCAACUUUUUGUUAUUGUUGAGAUGGCAUGCUACUCCAAUCGCGCCCUUUUCCUGGCUCGUCCUACACCUAGGUUUACGGGCCCAGUUAACGUUAUGCGAAAGUAGUUAUCGGGAGUGAUUCGGAAAAAAUACAAGUGGAAAAUUUGGACCGUUUGUCUUUGCCACUUUUUUGAUUCGCCGCAUGGGAAUUCCGCACUUCUAGAAGAGCGAGAAUUGUUGGAAUGUGUGUUGAAUAAUGUGGCGAAUGUGGCUGACAAUCCAGCGGAGAAGACCCGGGAAAUGAAAGGAAAUGCCACCGAAGUUUAGCUGGAAGAUUUAGAUGUUGUUUUUCAUCUCCUUCUGGCGCUGAGUUCGGCGUAUGCCUUGGUAGUGAUAGCGCUAGAGACCAUGCCUGAGGACGAUAUGUCUAUCGAUUCUUUAAACGGUAUGAUGUUGGACGAACGAACAAAAUGAAAAGGUAACAGUAGUAUUGUCAUCCGUACCCAACUGUGACACUGCAUUUUUCGGUAGAAAGAAGAAGAAACCGUCGAAUUAUUGUCACAGGGAAGUGGAACAAGUUAACGGGUCAAAAGAGAUCGAACUCGAAGACCAACGUCACGGAAUCGAAUAAGGGUGGAGACAUAAUUUUCGUUGGUGUACGCGAUGGGAUUGAAUUGCAAGAACCAAACCAAAAGAGGGGGUUUGUCGUUUCCGGAGCAACAGAUCUGUUUAGUGAGCUGCAUAACUUAGAAAAGCCCAUCGAAAUAGCGGUUCAUGAGAAUGGCGAGGCGUUUAUUGCGAAGCACCCUGGUACCAUAACAGUAGUAUCCAUCGUAAAUGAUAAGUCGAUUAACUGUGUUAUUGACGACACGCUGUAUGUACCGAAGUUGAGAAUGUUGCUUCUGAUUGCGGAAAAACUAAAAUCUAUCCCGAAUCCGAGAUCGUUGCGAGUGGUUCAUUGUGAAAUAAUUUACGAGAUACGGACAUCCAAACGAGAAGUUUCUGAAAAGAAACGAAAUUGUUACGGAAAUAUCAGUGAAUGUUGAUUGGGACAAAGGUGUGAUCUCGUGCGAAUCUUGUAUCGUCGGGUCGAAUGGGAUGUUAAAUCACAAGAGGUUGCAGAAAUACCGGAAGUAGAAAAAAGAAAGGCUAGAACGAACGAAAACAUUACCGCAUCAGGUCUUUGAUAUGAAGAAUAGCGGAUUCGCCCUUAGCGCGAAGAAUAUUGUGGGAUAUCCCAAGCUCGAACAUAACCAAACAUGUACAAGGAGAGGCUUGUAGCGAGGGGUUUUCCUCAAAACCAAAGCUUCGAUUAACUAGACACUCUGCUUGACAUGUGUUUGGCAUUGGCCAGCCAAGAGCAGUUGUUGGUUCAUCAUAUGGACGUCAACUGCCCUUCUGAACGGUGAGUUGUUAAGAAGUUGUUAAGUUAAGAAGGGAACGGACUGUUCAUCCGGGCUGUUGCAUCGGUCGAUUUAGGGAACGUGAUUUGUGGAGAAACUUGGCUUUCUUCGAAGCUCAAAUGAUAUCGACGAUAUAUCGUUGGGUGAUUCAUCGCUGGAGAUUAUGAAUAAUGCGAAUGAGAAAUGACAGUUUUUGGGGAUUUGCAUCAACCGUUGGGUUAAGAAAGGUGGAAUGGAGAUCAGUCAGCGUAGAAGUUUUAACGGACUACUAGAACGCUUUGGGAUAACGAAGUGUGUAAGUGUUUCAACGCCGAUAGACAACCGUUUGCGUUUGAGAAGGAAGAAGAACAACAAAGUAUAACAUAACAAUAUUGUGAGUUGGUUGACUUUCUUAUGUACGCUGCCCUUACGACCACGCUAGACUUGUCACAGACAACGAAAUACUUUCGGAAAUCUAUUGCGAUGCAGAUUGAGCCAAAGAUUUGGUGGAUCAGUGUCUGGAUGAUGCAUUAGACAGUUGCACUCUCUACUACGAAGAUGGAGCUCUCAGCUUUGGGUACGGCUUCAUAUCAUGCAAUGUGGACGGUUCGAAUGCUUCAAGACUUGAGAAAAGCUUUGAAUGGACCGACUCCGGUUUUCGAAGACAAUAACUCUACACUCAGGAUCGCUGGAAAUGAACGGGACUGCAAGAGGCUGAAGACAGAUACUAAGUUCCGCAUGCUAAUAACUCUGGGAGAGUGUGAUCUCAAAGAUUGUAUUGAGCAGGAAUUUGGGAAUUGGGCCGAUUUGGUAAUCAAAGAAGAAGAAACUUCUAAGCAGAAACAAGCGAAAGAGAGAAAUGGACUAGCUCCAUAGGGUGCAGCGGAAAUGCAAAUCCCUGAUUAUCUAUCGAAUUUGCUCUGGCCAAAUUGAAUGCGUACAGAGACAUUGAACACCGAAAGCGAUCUGGGAAGCGCUUUCGCGCGUCUUUGAACGGAAGGGUGUAGCAAAAGGGUUCCAUUUGAUCCAUUAGUAUACAUAUAGAAACAUGAAGGUGGAUCUCUACAGCAACAUUCCAUCCGAUUUGAAUCACCCUAUAUAUCUACUUGACUACAUUAGAAACACAACAUUUGACUCUGGAGUUUGAUACUGUUGGUGUUGGUGCGGUUGAGAACAGAGUGCGAUGGAUCAUAGAUUCCGAGGCUACGGAGCACAUUGUGAGCGACAAAAGAAUUUCGUUGAAUUACGAAACAUGCAACAGCCAAUGGAAUUCGCUAUAGUGAAAAGCGGAGAAAGCCUUUUUUUAAUGUGAAUGACCGAGCUUCGUGGAGAGUAGCCAAUGGCUUGUUGAGUUCGAUCGAAGCUGGAAUCUCGACAAUGAAAUCCCAAGUUUGGAGAACGCCGUCUUUGUAAAGUAAAUUCAUCGUAAAACCGCCGACAUUCAAUGGUGAACGUAACAGUGGAGCAUGCGGCAUUUACUAACAUGAAACAGAAACAGUCAACCUUGACUGUCCAUACUCGCUUAAAGGAGAAGAUUCACCUUGUCGGAUAUAUGAGCGCUGACGAGGAUCAAUCCAUUUAUACCCAGCUAUCGAAGGGAAUGAGGAAUAAGCAGCUUGUGAAGGCAGCGAGAACAUUCGAAUAUCCUGUCUCAUUCGUCGUACAAUGUGCCACCCGUGGAGAAACCUACACAACGUAAUGAGUCACAGUGGAAGCGAAAGUGUGAACGAACUCAUGACGAUGGGAAUCAACGAAAGAAGUGGCGAAACACUGGCAGUGGCUAACCAGCGAAUGUUACCUGGAUGGCAGGUUAGAUGUGAAGAUUUGUAUGCUCCAACCUGACGGGCUUCAGUUUGAUUUGACGAUCGAAUCGUUCGAUAUAUGAUCUCAACCAAACCUGACACGCUUGUAAUGCACUUCUUCAUGAAUUUCAAGUGAGCCUAGGAUUUGUACGAAGUGACAAUGGCGCAUGCCUUUACCUUCCGAGAGAAUAUUCAUCGUGGUUUAUGGAACUCAACCCACAUUCGAAGGCGUGAUUCAAUUUUGUGCCGGUCACUGUAAAUCGAUGCUGAAAAAAAAACAAACAAUCAAUAACUCACACAAUUAUUCUUCGGUUCUAUACAUUUCCUCAGAAAAUAAAACGACGCUCCGAAUAGGGUAGAACGGGCUUUGCAAGUGGAAAUAUGCUUCAAAUUGUUUUUCUUGUAAAUUUAAACCAAACAAAGUGUAUAUCUGAGCAUACUUUGGGAUAUUUUUUAUAAUUUCAAAAAGGGAAAAAAUACUGGCGAAUCAUAUUUUUUUUGCAUUAUAAAUACGUAUGUAUUGGGAUCCUUCUACCAGCUGGAUACUGCAACCUUAUGAAAGGUACAGUGAAAAUUUACUCAAAUACAAAAUUAUUUAUCCGACGAAAAUUAUCGGUUUGACAUAUUUGAAUAAAAAAACAAACUGUCGUAAAUAUUUCUCUACCUAAUGAGUUCCUCAUAGCUUUCUAAUACACUUUCUAUAUACCAAACCGAAAGAAUUCCAUGUUACAAAGUGGAAUUCGAUCAGACUAACGCUUACACUGUGUAAAUUGUAUUAAAUCUAUUUGGAAAGUACAUCAUGCAAUGUCCCUUUUCGAAUGUAAUGCAAAUAUUUUAAUAUAUACUUGUAUCAAUCAAUCUGCCGACACGAAAAGUAAUUUAAAGCAUCUGAACAGAGAUAGAAUGUUUAUCAUAUUCUUUGAUUGUUAUUUAUCGAAGAAAACUUGUUAUUUGAACUAGACAAAACAUGUUUAAAAAUUAGCUCACAUAGACUGUCCGUGAAAACAAGCCACUACUCCGUAAGUUAAUCAGAAUAUACCUUAAUUUCCAAACAUUGUAUUCUUUGAAUCGAAUAAAUCGGACAAUGGACCAUUACUGAAAGUAAAUAUAAGUCAUAGUCAUUCUGUAUUUGAGGAUAUAUCGAAACAAUCAUCUUAACCCAUAAGAAAUCAUGAGAUCACAACAGUAUUAAACGCAUGAAAUCGCUUAAAAUAAUUUAAAUUCUAAGGAUAUAUUGAUGAUCUACGUUUAGUUUAGAACUGCACUCACAAACAUGAGAAAAUGUGUGAGUUCACAGAAUAUUGCAUUAUACAUAUGAAAAAGUUUUCAUUACAAUAUUGUUUCGGCGACGAAAAAUGAUCUUAACACGAAUUUAUUUUCUUAUUGAUGAAAUAAAACAAUUGUUUUUAUUCACAUAUCUCGAAAAUCACGAUUCUAUCAAACAAUAACCUAGAAUCGCAUCAUGUUUAGAAAUGGGAAGAACGAAGCUGCAAAUCGCUAGUUACAAUUACUAACAAGUAAGUAGUUAAACUGUCUUUAAAAAAUUGAACCUCUAAUGAUCGUAUCAAAGAGACCUUAGAUAUAUCGGUCGCAUCGCUAAUGACUCAACUCACAUUGUAUAGAAUAGUACGGAUAGAAAUAGAAACAACACGAAGUCGAAGACGGAGCUGGUGUGGCUGAUUCUAUCAACAUUUAAAGAUAAAUAUAUUCAAUUUGAGCAACACUAAAUUACAACCAAAUCACAAUUAAUCCGUGACGAGAAAAAACAAUAUUCUGGCUCGACAAUAGCUAGCACAGAAGACUUAUCGGAAACACGAAAGAUUAUAAAUCAAAAAUAAUAGAACAUGCCGAUCGAUGCUACUCUAUGUGUGCAAAUAGUUAAGCGAUAAUACAAAUGUUAAUAUAAUUAUUAUUAUGGAAUAAACACA